GACUCUUUCGCACCUGGCCCAGUCUACUGCUGGGUACUGUGGUGCUGAUCUGAAGGCUCUCGUCGCGUCCAGUGCCGUGCACUCUCUGAAAUCCAAAUACCCACAAAUUUAUCAAAGCAACUCUAAACUGCAGAUCGAUGUAAAAUCGUUAAGUAUUGACAAAUCGUGCUUCAACAGAGCCAUGAAAGACAUCCAACCCUCGGCCAAUCGCUCCAACGAGGCCCAUGCCAG